AUGCUUCAGUUUCACGCCAAGCACGACGCUUCCGCUUUCCGUCUUCACAUGUGUGUUGCAUGGGAUGCUUCGUCAGCACGUGUAGAAGAAGCUAUUAAUCCUAGCACAACAAUAUUUGUCACUAAAUUGACGACCAAAAUGAUGCAAAAUCUCCACUCAGGUUCGAGACGUCCAAGUCUAAGUUCGGUGCAGAGUAGCUCGUCGUCGAUUCGGAGUUACAGCGCGAAGAGGUGGGAGAGAGAAAGAGAGCAGAAAGAAAGGAGACAGAUGAGCAUGCGUCUCGCUCAGUUGCACGAUAAAAUGGCGGCGGGCCGAGACUUACCGAAGCAUGCACCGACGCCGUCUCCACGCUCACCGAACAACUCCACCGAUGGGCUACUGCCGGCUGUUUGUGAAAUUAGAGAAUUGGUAACUAACUCGGACCAGCAGUUACAAGGUGUGGACGGACCGUGUUCCAGCUCCUCACUUUAC